CAUAAAUACAUGUUGGGCAAUUCGUGUCCUAUGCUUUAUAAAUCACGUUCGGUUGCCUGUAUUUCGUGUGAAAUAUGGCUGCAAGAGGAGCACACGACGAAAAAACACAACUAAACAACAAUCCAGCUAACUAUGAAACGCUUAAAGAUCCCAGCACUGGUAUGAGCUUUAUAUUUUAUACAUAUGAGUAAAUGUUUAUAGUAUUAAUAGACAGAGCUAGUUGUGUCAGAAAUGCUUGCUUUCUGUGUACUUGUGCUAGUUGGUAUGAACUCUACAUAUAUGAUGGGGCACUUUUACUAGUUUCGAACAGUUUAUUGCAUGUAUAAUGGUUAUUUGCUAGACCUAGUAUAUAUAAAUGCUGGCGAAGUGGCAUCGAAAUUAUGUUCUGUUUAUAACUAAUAUUAAUAUACAGUCCUUGUGUCUGAAAAGUUCCUUUGUAUAAUAUACUGGCCUUUAAUUAUAGUUGUUCAUUUAAAGCUGUAUAGACUGUAAUUUAUAGCAAACAUACAUCAGACUAGUUUCAUAUAGCUACAUUUCAUGGUAUUGUAAAAGCGCCAUGGCCCAUGGUCUUCGAUUCUAUACAGUCUUGUGUUUGAUAUAUCAUAUAUGACAUGUGACAUGCCGGUUCGUUCAAGUUGAUUUCGAAGCAUACAUGCAUAUAUCACCACAUUGAAACUACAGGCGCAUAUGGCAGUGCCAUCCGAUGCAGUGGUUAAGUUAAUACCAUGAAUGAGCUAGGCAAUGUUUACCCUUCAUUAUUGUAGUAAUCUUACCACAAGACUUAUGAGUUAUGUUUAGUGUCUGGAAGAUAUAAUUCAUAUAAGAGAUAUAAUUUAAUUUGAUUAAUUAAAUUUAAGAUUUGCUGUCAUGUAUAUCUGAGCAUACUGAAAGUAGCUAGUCGACUAUACUCGUAUUUUGACGCUGUUGCUGCUGUUGAGCUUUGAAAUUUCUAGCCGGGCAGUAAUGUUUAUACUCGCGUCGUGAACUACGCCGGAUAUUAACAACAGGUCGUGCUGCCUAAUAUUGAAAGUUUUUAUUUUGAGCACAUUUUUUCCCCUUGCAUAUACAGUAUUUGCAAUUUUCAGAAAACGUCACGGUGCAUGGUCAAAUGGCCAAAUUCCAAAUUGUUGACAGGUAUACUGUAGGAGCAAAAAAAAAUUAAUCUGCAUCUCUUAAUUCUAUUUAUUUACCUCUAAAUACAAAAUCGCUACAUGUAAUGAAAGCAAUGACAUUAUUUUCUCACUGAUAACUGCAGGCUGACUCCAGAGCUAUAAGUGGACACUAUAGGACGCACAAGGUCUAGGACGAAUUUGGAGCAGUACCGAAAUUUGUACGGAUUCGUUCGGCUCUUUCGUCAAAUGGCAAAUUAUCUACCACAUCAGGGCACUGCACGCGGUCGAUUACUCCCAAUUCCGACUAGUAUUUAUGAAACAAACAAUCUAAACAAACAAACAGAAACGGAAAGAAAUUUGUGCAAAACUUGUAUUGAACACUGUCUGUGUCUUUGUACGUUAUCGGUACUUUCUUUAUAACCAUAAUCAUAGCCCUAAACAAUAGGAUUCUUAAGUCCAGGUCACACUACACAAUCUACACAAUAUACAGUAUAGGGACCUUAAUUGGAGACCUUACGAUUUUAGGACGGCAACGCGAUGGCAACGGCUACCAAUACAAUAGAUCAUUGAAAAGAAUUGAGUAAUUACAAUAUGAAUAAUUUAGACAUUCAUGUCCUCGCUCUGUUUACAACGCCAAAUCACAGAUUUUCACGUCUUGAUACAACGGCUGCAUUCCAAGCCACAACAAGUGCAACUUCAAACUGGGUUCAGCAGAACUCUUCCCAACUAUAAAACCCAUGUAUUCAACUUCUGAGACUGUAUUAAAUUCAUACGAUUGAUAAUAUAGACGAACUAUCUUUACUACCAUUUAUUUGAAGGAGUUUGUUUUGGCCGUCGCCGUCGCGUUGCCGUCCUAAAAUCGUAAGGUCUCUAAUAAGCGUACGACGGCAACGCAACGACAACAGCCAAAACAAACUUCUUCAAAUAAAUUAUUGUGAAGAAGAGUUGUUGUGUAUUAUCCACUGCAUGUAUAUAUGAAUUAAGUUCAGUUUGAAGAAAUUAAAACAAAGGCUUUAUGGUUAAAAACGCUUCUGCUGAGCAAAUUUGUAGUUUCACUUGUCGCGUCUUCACAUGUUUGCGUUGUACGCGAGACGUGAAAAUCUCUGUUUUGCCGUUGUAAAAAGCACUAACACAAGGCGUCUCUAACUCCCGUGGGGCUUUUAAGUUAAUUAUUCAUUCUUUUAAUUAUUCAAACACUCUCCAAUUCUCUACAAAGAUAAUUAGGCUAUACAGGGUGUAUCAAAAAAAGCGCAACCUCGGAAUUUCCCAUGAAAUCCACAUAGGCGCCUGGGAAUUUAAAAUAGCACAACUGUCAAAAUUACUGCACACGCGAGUGCAUAAAGCAAAAUUUAUGCAUUUAUUUAAUCACAACAACAGUAAUAUGAUCUAUUAACAAUCCGAUUUCAAUUCCCAGGGGCCCAAAAUCUUUUAUGCUUAAGAAUUGCAAAGUGAUUUCUUAGGAAAUUCCGAGGUUGCGUUUUUUUUGAUACACCCUGUAGUAUAGUAUUGUUUAGAGUAAAAAGUACGAGAUCAGGAAUAUCAUUGCGGUGUGAAUAGCCGUCGUCGUCGCUAUUGUGAUAACGAUACGAUAACUUGUAAACACGCAAAGAUUGGUAAAAAAUUACACUACAACGAAAACGAUAAAAUUAUCGUUUGACGAUAACGAUAACGAUUUUAAAAUGCUCACCCGAGCAUUUUUUUUUCAGACGGACGAUAAAGAUAACUAAGUUAUCGUAUCAUUAAACUAGUGUGAUCGGGCCUUUAGUAACUUGUUUCUCGUAAGCAAAUAAAAUGAAAUUAUUUCUCAAAUAAAAAUUGAAAGCCGAUCGUUUUCGAUUCAUCGAGUGUCGUCUUGAAGUACCGCGGCACGUUUAAUGAUCAAUAUAUUUAAGUACAGAAUGAGAAGAACAUUCUGAUAACUCGGUACAAGGCGUACAACCAUUUCCAGAUUUCUGGAAUGGAUGAUUAUAGACUAAAUAUAGGCAAGAAGAACAAAAUCCAUCACCACAGCUAGAAAGAGCAUGUUAAAAUUAGUAAAAUUGCAAAGCAUGGUUUGGUUGCAAAAUGUUGUAAAAUGCGGAAAAUAUAGCCCUGCGAAAUUUGCAAAUCAGUUGUAUUAAUUUGUAUUACGCACGGGAAAAUGCACCAUGGCACUUUCGGCCCAAAUGUGGUGCAUUUUCCCGCGCAUAAUACAAAUUAAUACAAAAUUUGUAAAUUUCGCAGGGCUAUAUUUUCCGCAUUUAUAAAUUUUACAACAUUUCACGGCCAAACUUUGCAAUUUUACUAAUUUUAACAUGCUCUUUCUACAGCUGUGGUGAUGGAUUUUGUUCUUCUUGCCGAGAUCAAAAUUUAGUCUAUAGCUGGAAUCAUCUAUCACCGUUUUUGACUCAAUUCCUCGAAAUUCACAAUGAAAAUAUAAAGGCGUGGACCUCUGGGCGUGGACUAUUAUAGAUAUCAUGGGAAAAGGGGGAGGCAGACCCCCUAGCCAGGCAGAUAUAGAAGGAAAAAAACUUACCAUAUCCUGAUAUCGAGGGGCAAUUCCAUUUUUCCUUCAUCUUGUGCUUUGAAAGCUAGUAAGUACAUUUAAGUUGGCGGCAUCAAUCAUAAUAUGUCGGUAGGCUCUUGCCAACAUGUUUUUCUUCGAAUUUUGUUACAGUUAAAAAAUGUGAAAUUUCAGAUACAUUUCUAAUGCAAAUUACUUGCAUCAAUAGAAAGUUUACAAAAAACUGCAUAUAAGGCAUUUAAGUGGUUAUUGCUUGGAUUUUCAAGCAGGGGCGGCGGAACAGAUUUCAUUUUGGGGGGGCUAAAUUUUUUUUCCGUGACCUCCCCGCCGUCGCCAAAAAAAUUUCGGUCAGUGUACCAUUUUAGAGGUACAAAAAUAUUUCCCGACAUAUACAAGAAGGGAUGAAAAAUUUUUUUCCGGGACUAUAACUAAAAAUUUUUCCGGACAUACACUAUUUUAAAACAAAAUAUUGCAAAUUUUUCCCCUAAAACCUAAAUUUUCAAAAAAUACCCUAAAUUUUUCCUUAAUUAUUAAAAUUUUUCCAGAAAAAACAAAAUUUUCUUUUACUUCUGGGUUUUCGAGUUAUUGCUGUUCCAGAUGUGAAAAAUAAGCCAAAAUCUCGCAAAAAUCCGCGGUACUAGUCUGAAAACACACUUUCAACAGCUCAUAACUCAAGAAGAACUUGAAAAACCCUGCCAGUAACCGUUUAAAUGACUUCUGUGUAGUUUUUUUUGCAAGCUUUCAAAAUAUGUAAGUCAUUUUUGUUAGAAAUGUAUCUGAAAUUUCACAUUUUUUAACUGUAAUAGAGUUUAGGGACCGGUCAUAAAGUAACUGCUAGGGUGGGCUGGAGUGAUUUGGGAUGGGCCAUGGAAAAUCUUUGGGCAGUUUCGAUGGGCCGCUUUUGUAUGUCCUCGGUUGGGCCACCAAACAAAAACCCAUGCAUGUCUACUUCGAAAAAUAAAGAUAUUAAUAAUAAAAGUAAACAAAACUAUAUCCAAAUUAUCAAAUGCAAAUGAUGCUAUUGAAGCCAGUACUCUGUUUACACAACAAGAAGUGGUCGAAUCAUAGCAAAUACAACCAACUGGAGAGCAGCUCAGUAUCAAUGUGUUGGUGAAACUUGGUGGAAUUAUGUAUGUCAAUACAGUGCCGUGUAUAUUUGCAAUGUUCAUACCUGCAAGUUUUUUUAUUAUAAAAGUAUAUUUUUCCAAUUUAGAUUGGGUGGGUCAUGAAAAAUGUUUUGUAAGAUUAGAUGGGCUUUGAAAUUUUUAUCUACAUCCUAAGAUGGGUCACCAAACUUAUUGGCAAAAUUUGUGAUUUACCUCCAGCCCACCCAUAGCAGUUACUUUAUGACCAGUCCCUUAAUACAAAAUUCGAAGAAAAAUGUGUCGGCAGGAGCCGACAAGAAAUUUUAACGCCGCCGACAUACAAAAACGAAACUUACUAGCCUUCAGGGCACAAUAUGGAAUUGCCCCUCGAUAUGGUAAGUUUUCCAUAAUUUUUGUUCCUCUAUCUGCCUGACUACCCGUGGAAAGAGUGGAAUUUCCACCACCCCCUAGCACCAGUACAGCCUCAUUGUUGGCCCUACUGGACUAGUACAUACAUUUAACACGUGCAUUAAUGUUAAGUGCUGCACAAAAUGCACCAGCGCAAUCAAUUUAUUCAAAAAUCUUUGUAUAAUUUUCCGCUCAGUCGGAAACGUACACCCGACAAACACUUCAAAAUGAUGACAUUCUCGCAGGGAAGCUGCUAGUCGUUUGUAGUUAUUUAUGGGAAAUAUUUCAGACAGAACUUCAGGGGUUGCGAAUAACAACCCUGAAGAAUACCAAGGAGUUCGGUAUUCUCCAAUGCCGGGUAAUAAAGGUAAGCUGUGUCGCUAAACUCAUAAAACUGUCCAGAUAUGCAUCGCUGAGCAACGAACACCGUUGUUUAUGUCUUAAGCCUGAUAGGGGGAAAAUUUGUUAGACAAUGUCAAUGUGUCUGGUUUGUUUGUGUUGAUGAAACCGUGGAUUGAAGUGACAGAUUGUUGAAUUGCUAAAAUUAUACCAUGCAAAAUGCAUUACGCGGUUGCCAUGAUUUGUGUCCGAAAUAUCCGAGAAAGAUAUCUCAAACGUGGUGGUUCACUGUAUGUGGUCAUGGUACAAUAAGCUGCCAUGCAUGGUAUGGGUGUGAACUACUUGAAAAAUAUAUCUCAAACAUGGUGGUUCAGUACAGAUCGUGUCUUCAAUACGUUAUCGUGGUUUGUGUUUGAACUACCUGGAAAAGAUAUCUCAAGCGUAGUGGUCUAGUGUAUAGGUAGUAUUCUAGUAUAUAAGCUGCUGUGGUUUGUGUCUGGUCGAGUGUGGGUAGUAUUCUACAAUAAGCUGCCAUGCAUGGUAAUAGCAUAUUGUAGAGUACUCCUGCACUGGACUACUACCACGUUUGUAUAUCUUUUUCAGGUAAUUCAGACACAAACCGUGACAGCUUAUUGCAGAUACUACCUGCACUGGACAACCACGUUUGAAAUAUCUUUUUCAGGUAGUUCAGACACAAACCACGACAGCUUAUUGUAGAAUACUACCUACACUUGUCUUGUAGCAUGUUAUAUAUACUGCUUAUCAGUGUCAUUGUAAAUAUUUGUGACAAUAAUACAUUGGACCACCAAGUUUGAGAUAUCUUUUUCAGGUAGUUCAGGCACAAACUUACGACAGCUUUAUAUUGUAGAAUAAUACUACCUACACUGGACACGUUUAAAAUAAGGAAGCACAAUAUUAUAUGGAAUUGCUUCCCACUUUUACAGUAAUUUGAUUGGCAUUACUUUACCACACAAUAAAAAGAGGGUUCUGAUGAAGGGGGGCAAAUUAGGCUACCGUGCAAAAGUUUAGCUAGUAAUAUCAUUGAAUCAGAUUUAUGUCAACAGGUUAAUCUAUGAUAAUCUCUUCGGUAAUACCAAGGUGGGAACACUUCCUAUAUGACCGAAAACAUCCUAUAGAUAUUAAAGCUGUGUUUCAAAAAUGACGAGCUUUUUACAUUUAUAAUAUUUUCUGGAUUAAAUAUUUAGAUUUUAAAUAUAAAGUCCUUUGUUUCCCAAAUUAUCGAGGUAUUUCAAAAACUCUUUGCAAGCUUCGAGAAUAAUACCAUAGGUGCAGCAUUGUAUAUAUAAUUUAUUAUGAACUUUGUCUUUGAAGUACGCCCCAUGGCAAUUCUCUUGUGUAUCUAUAAACGUCAUACUGAUCAUUUCGAAAGUCCGUGAUUAUUUUUUUAUGCACAACACGAGAUACGAAUCGGAAGUGUCGAAUAUCAAAUGUUAUCGAGUUCAACCAACGGCACUCCCAUAGGCAUAGACGCAUAGUUUUCGUUGUGAAAGAAGAAUUAGGAACCAGGUUUCGCCUUUAACUUGGGCAAAUUGAUGCCAGUUUGGUCUUGUACUUAAAGUAAGAUAUUGUUGAGAAUGGAACUGGAAGAAAGUGGUACGCAAGGAAAAGGUAAAAGUUUAAAAUCGAUUUGUUUUUGAGACGAUUUGCUCAAAGAAGCAGCGGGAAAUCGCAUCACUGUGGUAACAACACAAAUAUACUAUACAUUCUAAAUGAUAGAAUCGUCUCGUCUUUCGAGUGUUACACUUCUGUGUAUAUACCAAUGUAAUGUAUAGGUUUAUACUGGUAUAAAAUCGUUUUGUUUUAACGACAUGUGGUCAGACAAACAGGGAAUGUGUAUAAAAUAUACAAUGCAGUGCACAGUGUCAGAUUGACAGUCUACAUGUACGCACCGCGGCUACCACAUGGCAUAUGACAUACAGCUUUUCAACUAGUAUUCCUAAUUAAAACUCCUAUUAAAGAAUAAAGUAGCAACCUCGUUCCCAGAGAAUGACGCUCUAUAAUUAGUCUAAUGCAAAGACCAAACGAAAGCCUCCAUUAUAAAUACUGUAUUAAUUAAAACACAAUUCAGUUGAUUGUAUAAACAAGUCUUUGCUUUGGUAGUGAGAGAACGCUCUGGUCUAGUCUCGAGUAUAUAUUUCAGUGACUAAUGCUUGUAAGAAUGUCCUAUCAUAGACCUGCCAUCAUAUCAUGUACUAUUUGCUAUUUGUCAUGUAGUAUUCGUAUAUGUAGUGUAAAAACAUAAAACCAUUUCAACUGCAUGUGCAAAAACAGUCUAUAUAUUAGCUAUAUUGUUACAGGCAGCAUCGUAUUUUCCAAAUAUUCCUUAUCAAGGAUUAAAAUUGCCUGUAUAUAGCGAUGUAGAAUGGUCUAGCACCCAGCUCAUUUGCAAACCUAUAAAACAUUGUCAUUGAAUUUCAAACACAUACGACGAUUCACAUCACUAAACAAUUAAAGGUCACAAGACCUUUCAAGUGACAAACCACAAAUGACCUUAUCUAGGCAACAGUCAGUAUUGUGUUGCAUUAUAAUAUAUAUGCAGAAUCUUUGAGGGUUUUUUGUCUCGUUGUACACAAUUUCAACUAUUUUGCAAUGGAAGAUUAUUGAGUUUAGUCGUGUAGUAGUUUGUGAAAAUGGAAAAGCAAGAAGGAGAGACGAUUGGACUAAAAAGUAGGUAGAUUUAUGUAGAAUUAUGACAGAUUUUGUAUAUUCUGACCCUUUCAAUAGGUGUUGUCCUAAUCGACAUCGUUUUGAUACGGCUCGCAAUUUAAGUAGACUUAGUUCUCGCCUUUCAUAACUCAUAUUGACUUUGUCUCUGAAAUCUAAGCGUAACCGUUUUAUAGAAAAGCAUAUUGUCCAUAGCUAGUAAAAUAGUCCGCUAUAUAUACAGUAUAUGCUGUAUAUUUAUUGAGGUAUUUAUUACCGAGCCAAGCAUUCCAAUGUUUUGAUUUAAUUUAAGCCACGCAGUGUUUUCCAUACUAUUCCGCGCGCGCACAAUAGGGUCAGGGAUGUUUUGGGGGUCAUGACUGUAUUUACACUAUUAACAGUCUGUAUCUGCACAGUUAAAACAUGGUUGUAUAUCUUACAUCGAAUUUGAAAACGAAACAUUUUGCUCAUGUGCGUUUACUUCGUGAUCAAAGCUCGUAUUGAGUCACUGAAGAAAGAAACAUUCAUAAGCACACAUCAGCUUUAAAGUUUAAGUGAUGAUUCAUCAAGGCUGAUUUAGACUAAACACAACUUUUUCCUGAAACUGUCACAUCUGAAACUGUCAAAUCAAGCACACAACACGCUUACAUUGUCAUAAGUGAGUUGUAUGCUUGAUUUACACAGUACAACUCAAGUUGUAAGCAGAUUGCAUGCGACAGUUUUAGGCAAAAGUUGUAUAGUCUGAAUCAGCCUUUAGACAUUACAUGAAAUUAGUUAUAUAUUUCAGGAAACAGGUUGUGUUUGCAAAUUGCAAUACUUAUUCCAAGUUGCCGACAAGUCCGCAAAGAAUUCCUAUCGUCUUGUUGUGACGACCGACUGUUUGAUGACAGUUCUAAAGCUGUUACAACUAGUUCCAUGCAACAAGCUUGUGAUUCUCAACCUUGUAGCAAAUUCAAUGUUGCAACACUGUUGUAACUAGUCUGUUAAUUUUGCCUUGAUAGCAACUUGUUACAACUUGUAUGCAGAAACAAAUAAUGACUCAUAACUUUUCUGUUGGUUUAGCAAAGCUUUUAAUCCGCCAUACGCAGUCUUGGAUUCGCAUCGGCGCAAUAAUAUAACAGCUUGAGAAACAUUUCACAGAGUUGUUCAAUGUAUAUUCCAGAAUUUACACUCCAGAACUAACCGGUCUUCAAUGUCUUUCGGGCAAAAAACUAGACAUCUAAAGUUAUUUAAAACCUAAAAAAUCACCGACUGAGACUUAAUAUAAUAUCAUUAAAACACAAUACGAAAGCAACGGGGCCAAAUAUUAGUUGUCAAAAUGCAGGCAAUGCAUUCUUGCAUAUUUUUACAUAUAAAAUAUGAGAAUAUAGUCUCUGUAAACAAAUGAUUGAAAUCUUCGAUUGCGACACUUGUCGAUUAAAGCGAUACUUCAUAAAAAAUUUGCAAAUUUCAAUAUGGGGGUUAUGUGCCGGUAGUGUCAUAACUAUUGCAGCGUGUUGUAAGCUUGUAUAGAAGUGGCUAAUAACAGUUAAAACAUUGUCGCAACUUUGUUGCGUGGGAGUUAGGCGGGGCUAGUAUAGCGUAUAUUCUAGCACCUACUACGAUACAUUGCAAGCAUGUCUGCAUUAAACCCUACGGUUAGAUUUCAAGCUAAGAGUGGGGUCGAAGGCGACUCUGAAAACGGUUCGUCUUCUCCUUUAGACGAAGGGGCAAUCCUACUUGAGAAUCAAGUAAAUACUCCCGACGACGAAGGGCAAAAUAUGGCUUCUCCUUCGGUAAACAUGGAGCCGACCAAGAACAAGAUGCGAGAUGGUUCGAGCAUUGUUGAUAUGGUCAUGGUUUAUGAAGUGCCUGACCCUUCGACGUUGGAUACCGAAAAAGAACAGCAACAAGAAGCUGAUAAGAACACAAUUCGUGACUUCUACAUCAAUGCAUUGAAGGCUGCCGACCUUCUUGUCGAGACAGACCAAUUGGCAAUCGCUAAAGCUGAGGUAUAUAGUUCUAGAUUUAUAAUUCAUUUCGUCUUUGUCUUUACGCUUAGUGCUUCAAUUGAAGCACACGGCUCUCAUAAGUUAGUACUGUGCAGAACUGCCUGUUUUUUAUUUUAUUUUUGUUCUGGGAUAGGCCAAUUUAUGAAUUAAAGUUGUAUCGAAUAAAUAAAGCGAUUUUAUAUUUAAAAGCAGUUGAGCAGUUUCAUACUAGCUAAUUUACUUGGAGUCGUGCCAUAUAUUUAUACCUAGACACAUUGCGACUUGUCGUUGCGAUUUUCCGAUGCGAUUCCAGUGAUAUUUGAUAACUGGAACAUCAUUAACUGAAGAUAGCCGUUGAAAUUGGCCUGAUCAAUCUGUGUGACCUUUAAUGUACCGAUGCUGUUUAAAUAUGAGACGGCCAUUAAGAAUUGCAAGUAUGCACUAUAAAUGCCGUAAAUGUUUUGCCACCACAAACGAUAUUUUGUGCAGACUGUAUACGAUUGCCCAAAGUGGUUCCGUUUACUAUAUGAGAGUGAUUAUCUAGCUUUGGUCUAAACGGAUACUACCUUUCCGCAAUGCGAUUUGUCGGUUCGAUUUUCCUUCGGAUUUUCGAUGCACCUUAAUUACAAUAAGGCUCAUUGAAGGUCGAGACACUCCGGACGUCAUUCAACAACGCGGCGCGAUUUUUCGAUUUUCACUGACCGAUAACUUUGAUCCUAGUUUAAUACUAGAGUUUUCCAAAUAUUUAGAAGCGCUAUAACAUUUUGAGUUAUUUGGUGUACAUACCUUUUAAAAUUUCCUUUCAUUGGCUGUUUUUAUUUAUUAAGUAAACUUUCAAGAACUGAAAAAUCGCGUCGCGUUGUCGAAUCGCGCCCGGUGUGUCUCGGCCUUAUAAUGUCCAGACGCGAUUCGACAACGCGACGCGAUUUUUUAGUUUCUGAAAGUUAAUAAAACAGCCUAUGAGAGGAAAUUUUAGAAGAUAUGUACACCAAAUAGCUCAAAAUGUUAUAACGCUUCUAAAUAUUUGGAAAAUUUAAACUAGGAUCAAAGUUAAACGUAGGUAGUUGUCCUUCAGUAGCAUUGUGUUUUGAAAGGUUGUUGAAUUGAGGCCAAUGAGCUACUGUUUGGGACGGCUAGUAUAUAAAACGUAUUUGAAAUUACAACAUUUAAUAAGAAUCUUAAAAAUUCUUAAAAAUUUUUAAGAUUCUUAUUAAAUGUUGUAAUUUCAAAUACGUUUUAUAUACUAGCCGUUUCAAACAGUAGCUCAUUGGCCUCAAUUGAACAACCUUUUAGGAUCAAAGUUAUUGGUCAGUGAAAAUCGAAAAUCGCGCGCGUCGCGUUGUCGAAUCGCGUCCAGUGUGUAUCGACCUUUAGUCUUUACACUUGGAUGUGAACGAGUGAAUGAGUUAUGAAUGUUCAAAUGAGGGUACAUGUACUCCGAACAUUCGUAACUCCUCUAUACUCGUUCACAUGCAUCAGAAGGAGAUAAUUGCACUAGAAUUCGCAGCAAAAAUUGCAUAUUUGACAAAAUACAAGGUUUCUGACGAUACAGCUAUCUUGCUUUUUUGUCGAUUCGAUAAACCGCAGGAAUUUAAUCUCAAAACGAAUCGGAAAGAUUGUUGAAAAUAUUCUCGAGUGAGUAUUUCAUAUAUAUAUAUAUAUAUAUAUAUAUAUAUAUAUAUAUAUAUAUAUAUAUAUAUAUAUAUAUAUAUAUAUAUAUAUAUAUAUAUAUAUAUAUAUAUAUAUAUAUAUAUAUAUAUAUAUAUAUAUAUAUAUAUAUAUAUAUAUAUGAAAUUGUACUCGCGUAUAUUGUUUGGAUUAUAAAUUAUUGGCUACAUACUACUAUCAUGAACUGUUCGCAAAUAUUUAUGGUCUUAAAAACUAAUAUGAAAGCGCAAAAACUAUAUUGUCAGAUCUCAAUACAGGUUUUUCUCCUUAUCAACUUGCCAUAAAAAACGAAAUUGGUCGCAAAAGAAAUCCUAUCAAAUUUCGGCGGUAAACAGGUGUUCAUGAAUAUAGAUGAAAAUCGCAAAAUAAUUGUCAAUAUUUAGUUUCCACAGUCAAUCAGAAAUCGCCGGAUAAUUCUCAAUAUCGCGUAUUCAAGGUCAAGCGCAAACAUACACGAGUCUACGAAAAUGGCGGGAAAAACAUCUGCUAAAAUAAUAAACAGUUAUUGGACGAGGUUUUUGUGAUAUUCGGAAUUAUACCUUGAUUAUUCGGGACAUCACCGCAAAAAGCGAAUUCAAUAACUGUUUUAUUGUACUGCAUUGCAUUUUCGUUCAUUCUUUCGACAAAGAAUGAUUUGUCACACAAAAGAACGUUUGGUUCUUAAAAAGAAGCAGUCAGAACGAUUUAAAAUAUCACAAUAUUAACAACAUAAAAAUAUUAGCCGAAAUCUCAUUUACCUACUAAAGGUCUUCACAAUGACGCAAAAUAUUUGCUAUUUAUGUGAAAUUGGGAUUUUUUGGAAGAAGAAACGCUUGCAUAAUCUUUAUACUUCAAGCAUAAUCGUUCGAAAGCUAGAAGCAAAUUGUGUGUUGCUAUGGCUGCCUCGUCCCUCGUCGCUUCAGUUUCGAAUAGAGAUCAGUGGGAAAACAAUGACGCGCGCGGCUAAUUAUCAUAGAAAUAUUAGACCUAUUAUUUCUAUGCUAAUUAUUAACCGUUUUAUUUUGUAGGACAACAAUGAAAACAAACAAGCGACGGUAUUUUUCGUCAAGAUCCACGCACCUUGGAAUGUCUGUACGAAAAAGGCGGAAGAAAUGUUCCUACGGAUGCCUUUACAAGAGUCCGACAUCGAAAUACGCUCGACGUUGGAGACCAUUUUCGGCCAACGGUUUGUGGAAAGCGUAAGAGCAAAAAGCCCCAUGGAAAUUGAUAGAAACAUCAUACCUGAUGAUAAGAUGUAUUUCACCGCUUAUUUCACCGAAGAGCACGAAGCGCAGUUUCUUGGAGUCGAAAACCACGAGACGUUCUUCAGCCCGACCGACCGAAUUCGUAUGGUGGAGCGUAUUAUGGAGCAGACGGCUUUCUCGGAGAAUUCAGAACACGAUAUCGGUGUAGCGAAGUUGUUAUACACCGGGGCGUUUAGUGGGGUCUACCCACUGCACGAUGGCCCAUGUGAAGUGCCCGAAGGCGGCGAACCUGCUAAUCUUCGUCAACGAUUACGCGCGGAAUGGGCGAAGUUUCGAAAGUGGUAUAAGUUCCAACCGUUGGAUGCGAUAAAAGAUUACCUUGGUACAUCAAUCGGGCUAUACUUUGCGUGGUUGGGCUUCUAUUGCACCAUGUUGGCGCCAGUGGCGUUUUUAGGGUUUAUAGUGUUUAUCUUUGGUAUCGGCUCUUCCUUUAGUUAUAAGCCUGCCGAAGAUGCAUGCGAUAGCCCCGAAACCGCUUUCAUAAUGUGUCCACUCUGCGAUAAACAGUGUUGGUAUUGGUAUCUUAAGAUUUCGUGCACUUACCUCAAAGUCGCUCAUUGGUUCGACAACGACCUGUCUGUUGCUUUCGCAUGUAUCAUGUCCAUUUGGUCCACUCUGUUCUUAGAAUUCUGGAAGCGUCAGCAAGCGAUACUCGGCUACACUUGGCACACUUUGGACUUCGAGGAAGUCGAGGAACAGGUUCGCCCAGAAUACGCCGCCGUCGUUACGACACUUCGCGAGAAUCCUGCCACAGGACGGAUGGAACCUUACACCCCGAAAACAACCCUCUACAAAAAGUACGCUGGCGUUUUUAGUGUCGUCGCGUUCAUGAUAACGUUGGUACUGUUCGCGGUUAUUGGCGUCGUAGUCUACCGUGCCGCCGUCUUCGGUGCAGCCGCUUCGAGUAGUGACGGAAGUAUACGAACAAACGCAAAGAUCAUAACCUCGAUGACCGCAGCCGUGCUUAACUUGAUUGCUAUUAAUAUCCUAAAGUUUGUCUACCAAUACGUCGCACAUUGGUUAACCAAUUGGCAGAAUCCUCGCACAAAAACGGACUGGGAAGACAGCUACACCGUCAAAAUGUACAUCUACCAAUUUGUGAAUAUGUAUUCGUCUCUAUUUUACAUCGCUUUCUUUAAAAUCAAUCUCUUCGUCGGCACACCGGGGCAUUAUCUGCGAAUGGGCAAGAAUAGGCUCGAUGGUUGCGGCGCACAAGGCUGUUUGGUGGAGUUGUGCAUUCAGCUUGUUAUUAUCAUGGUUGGGCAACAGGUUAUCAGCAAUUUCACUGAAGUUAUGAUACCGUAAGUAUAAUUUCUAUGUUCUCCAGCUAGUUGCAUCCUUCAACCGACGCAUGGCUGCCAAAGUUAGAAAGAGGAACUACCUCCAAAUUCAAACGUUAAAAUAUGCAUGCGCUUUGCUUUUUAAGCCCCGAACAGACGAGCUAGUUUUCCUUGGCCAGUUUACCUUGACAAGGUUACCCUCUCGUGUGUAUGGUCAACAAAUUUUCCUUGACAAGUUUUGUUGUUCGUGUGCAAGGAAUGUUAAACAUUUAUCUCAUGUCAAGGCCGCCUUUUGUCUGCCGAAACCAUGGAAGCAUUUCUUCAGGGGCGAAACGUGGGGUAUGGCGGGUACCCCCAAAAUACGAAUCAUCUGGAUUGGCAGGACGAAUCAUCUGGAUUGACAGGGCAAUCAAAGAUUUUAAAUGAUAGAAUGUAGAGUUAUUAAGCACCACCAGCACAGAAAAAAAAAGAAUGUAGAGUUAUUAAGUAACUUACAGGGCUUUCAAAGGAAAUUGAAUAGAAUUUAUAGACCUACAUUUUACAGAUAUUGGUCCUAAAAUAAGGGUUUCACCCAUGUUUUAACAGGAAUUUGUACGGAAAAAUUUUUUUGAUCCUUAAUUUAACUGUUUCAUGUCCGGAAAAUUUUUUUGGACUCUUUUUUUUAAUUUUUCAAAUCCCCCGGCCGUACACACGAACAACUUUCCCCCUUUCCAAAAGCUGGCAUGUCUUGGCAAGGAAAUAUUGUCAAUUUUUUGCCGUAUACACGAGCAAAUAAGACUUGUAUAAAGGAAAACUUAUUCGUCUGUAUGGAGCGUAUAUAAUGGUAAAUUUACAGUUACAACUUUAAAAAGUCGCUUUUCACAUUGUUAGAUUGUCUAGAUUCUCUGACAUGGGAAGACAGUGCCCCCCAAAAAAUGGCGGACAUGGGCAUGCGUGAGAGAGGUUAAUUGUUUCGUCGAAAUCUUUGAACGCGUUCAAACGAAAAGUUUUGUUGUCACGUGGUGUAUAUUGCCAAAGCGGUGGCACUAGCUCCCCUUCGAAUGAUCUGUUUCUAGUGCUUUGAAAAUCUCAACAGAUCUACUGUAUUACUGGCCGACCCAACCUACCUAUUCGCCUAUUCAACCUACCUUCAAGGUUUCCGACUCCAUCUUGAAUCUAUUGUUUUCACGGUAACUGGCCGUUUCGUCCCCGAUCGUUUCGUCCCCGAUCGUUUCGUCCCCUUGCCGUUUCGUCCCCUUCACGUUUCGUCCCCAGACUAGAUACAGUUUUAUCUAUAACCUACUUCCUUAAUACAAUAUAUCUUACUUUUUAAGAUUGUAUCUCAGUGGAUUGUAUGCCUGGAUAAUACACAUUUUUGUAUUUAAAUUCCGAAACUUUGAAAUGUAACUUAAAUAUUUGGCUUUUAUUUCACAAUAUUAAUAUUGCUGUUGUCAGUGACUAUUAUAGUGACACUUGACUUUAUUUUAAUUGGAACUGAGUCUGAGGAAAAGUAGACAAUGACAGAAUGACUGCCAUUAGUGAGCUUAAGAUCGCAAUGUUUUUUGUCAACACGGACGGUCAGUUCGUCGAGGGGGGACUGGAUUAAAAACUGUGUUUUUGUCAGUUUGUGGUAAUCUUUAACAUAUAGGACAAAACCUAAGAUUUUUUAAGUUUUUUGCUUCCUUACACGAGCGCUAUGAUGCAAAAUGCCGCCAAAAUUAGUCCUACCAAUUUUCGAGUGACGUCCGUGUUGGGGACGAAACAGCAAGGAGACGAAACGACCAUAAAGCGUUUUCACCGCUGUGUUUGCACCCCCUGCAUGCAAAUGUACCUCGAGGGAAUUCCAUUGUGUUUGCAUCCCUUGCACUAUAAGAUGGUUCGUUAUGGCGUCGGAAACCUUGAAUCCACCUAUUGUAUUUUUUGUUUAGGUAUUUGACAAAACUUUGGAAUGAGCGAAAAGCAACGAAAGAAAGUAUUACACAUCUUCCACAGUGGGAACAAGAUUACUUCCUGCCAGCCGUAGAAGGAACCAUGUUCUGGGAAUAUCUUGAAGUUGGUAUGCAUCUGCCUUCCCUUUCCUUUCCGUAGGGAUCCGGCCUUUCUGUGCACCGUCUUUACAAAUGAAGUUUUAGUAUUUUUGCACAAGUGAAUUUAUCAAAUCCUACAACCUGAUUGGUCAAAUUUGACGUAUUAAGAUGUUUUAUUUUUCACCCUGCUCGGUUUCCUUUGUUCUAAUUAUUGGGGAAUAUAUUCAAUAUUCCCCUCUAAUCAAUUUCUGUUUAAUGAUCCCCUCUAAUAUUCACCUGCAAUGUCUUUGCAGCACAAAAAAUGAGAAGAAAAAAACAACAUAACGAAGGCAAUAUGGCAUUAAGAAUUAUUUCUAUUCUGACUCAUUAACGCGACCUCGCAAUGUGAAAAGUAAGUACGUUAUUUUGAGGCACUUCGGGGAUAUGUGUUUAUUCACCUCGGCACUGCGCGCCUCGGUGAAUAAAUCACAUAUCCCCUCGUUGCCUCAAAAUAACUUAUACAUAUUCACCUGCAGGUGAAUAUAAUAAAACCGAAAUUUUCAAAAUGGCGGCUAGCCGUUUUGUGGAGGUUUACUGAUAAAGAAAUAAGAGAAAUUCAGAUAAAUUCAGUACCAAAAAACACAAAAGACUUGUGUAAAAAUACUAUAACCAUUAUUCCCCUCAGGUUCGGUGAUUAUCGGGGAAUAUUCCCCGCGGAAUGGGUACGAGAUUGUUACUGAUAGAGCUAUUUCAGUAUAAGUUUAUUUUGUUUUGUUUUGUUUUGUUUUCCUCCUGUAGCAAGGCUGGACCAAUUAAGGGAUGCCUCUUAGUUGAGCUCGAGGGAAAGCAAUAGAAUAGCUAUCUGUUCUAUGAUAAAUAUGUUCUAGAGCUUUAUAAAAAAACGCUUAACUGGAAGCAUUAUAUAAAUACAUCUAAUUUUCUUCGACAGUUUUACAGCUUGGCUUCGUAAUGAUGUUUGUGGCCGCCUUCCCGCUAGCUCCGUUGUUCGCCUUCGCAAACGGCGUCCUAGAAAUCAGAGUUGACGCCAUCAAUUUCAUCCGCGACCAACGUCGUCCCAUGCCCAAUAUGGCGGAGGAUAUCGGCGCCUGGUAUCCAAUCAUUGAUGCCUUGUCUAGUUUCUCCGUUCUUGUCAAUGCAUUUGUAAUUGCAUUUACCUCAGAUUUCAUCUCGAAGGUUGUGUAUAGGUACAGCUACAGUCCUAAUGAUUCGCUUACAGGCUACCUGGAUAACAGUCUGUCCUAUUUUAAUACCAGCGACUGGAGCAGCUCUGCUAAGCCCCAAAAGGAAUAUGACCAUGUAAACAUUACUGAACCACAUUUGUGCAGGUAGGGUUAUCAUCGUUACAUCAUUAUUCCCAUUACUUUUAUCACCAUCUUCACUAUCAUCAUCAACACAAUCACCACGACUAUCGUCAUCACCAAUACCAUGGAUGGCACUACCAUCAUCACCCAUCAUAAUCACCACCACCAUCGUCACCAUCAUCAUCGGAAAAUUUUCGAAAAUUUUUUCGGACAUACCCAAAUUUUUUCCGGACAUAUCACAUUUUUACCCAAAAAUUUUUCGACAUACCAAAAAUUUUUCCGGAUAUAUGAUAUAUUUUCCCGAAAAUUAAAAAAUUUUUCCGGACAUAACAUAAUUUUACCCGAAAAUAACAAACUUUUUCAGGACAUACCAAAAUACAAAAGCGAAUGCAAUCAUGAAUCAAAGGCCUUUGGGCAAAAAAUGCAAUCUGAACGACAUUUUUCACGGAGGUAAAGGGCACUUUGCUCCCGGAAAAAGGGCACUUUUGAAAACUUGGGCGGGGGGGGGGGUUGGUCCCCCGGUUCCUACGCCCCUAUUAUAGGGCAUAUCAUUGUUGGGCAUGAAAAAAGGGCACUCUCCUUUUAAAAAGGACACUUUUUCUUAUCACUUUGAAAGUUGGGGGGGGGGGGCACGUGCCCCCAGUGCCCCCCCUUCCUACGCCACUGAUGCAGAUGAUGAACAGUUGUACAACUCUGAUCGUGAACCUGCAGUUCUGGAGAGUGAGCAUGAACAUGAACAUGAACAUGAACAUGAUAAAUACAGCAAUAAUGGCAGUUGGCAAUGGUUUUUGGCAGUUGGCAAUUGUAAUCACAAAUUUGCAUUCCCUGUAAACGAUUCGAUUGAAUUAUUAGACGAACUGAAGUUCAAUCGUCACAUUACAACAAUUUGUGACAAAGUUAAAAAUCAGUUCGGUGUGAUAAAGAGGUUUGGUAAACUUUUAGCCAGGUUCCUAAAAGAGGGCGUCCAAUUUUGGUAUAACGAUACAUCCACAGUAAAGAGGGGGUGGGGGGGGGGGGAGGGGGGUUGAGAAAACGUUCCUCUGGAAAACCUUUGAAGUUUACGUUACUUCAUGUCAGUAUCCGUUCCAAGCUCGUAAGAAAUUUUCCAAACACACUUUGCUUUCUGAGUUUGUGCCGCUAUGCUUCACUACUUGAUUCAGCCAGGUACACCAUCAAAUUGAUCAAAAUGUCAAAUGUAUAAUAAUAAUGAGAAAUGAAGCUAUUUCGUUUCAGAUAUAUUAAUAUUCUUAGGGAAAUCAUUGAAAAUAAUUUCCCUUUUUCCCCAGAAUUUGAGCGUCCAAAUGCAUCCAUUUUUCGUUCUAGGGGCGUCCCAGGACGCCUGGACGCCCUUCUGGCUAAAAGCCUGCACCGCAAUAUCACUACCACCAAAAUCAUCAUGAUCACACUACUAUCAUCACCACCAUUAUCAUCAUCAUUGUCAUCACCAUCAUUAUCAUCAUUGUCAUCACCAUCGUCACCACUACUGCCAUCACAACCAUCAUCGCCAACAGUCCGUCAUCACCACACCAUCACUAACCUUCUUCCACUCCUUUCCUCCAGGUAUGUUGGCUACCGUUCCAGCGCAGCCGGAGAACCGUUCACAAAACAACAUUGGGAAGUCAUGGCUGCUCGUUUUGCUUUCAUUUUCCUCUUCCAAUUCUCAAUGACAUUGAUAAAGAGAUUCCUGGCCUGGGCUAUUCCUGAUAUGCCAAGCGACUUAGAUCUCAAGAGGAAGCGAGAAGAACAUAUUGCCCAACAAAAGCUACAUCAACGUCCCGGUAAAGUUGGAAGACAAACAAGUCAGGCAAAAACCUAUAUAUAACUAGUUAUUGACGAUAUAGGUUAGAAAAUAGUAUUAUGCUUAGUUGACAUUCACCGUGUUUUUCUUUUGGUGUAUGUGUGGGAUGUAGAAAGCAAGGUAUUGCAAGGAACUAGGGGCUGUUUUAUGAGUUCAUCUGUCUGGCUAGCUAGGGUCCCGAAUAUCUUUCUAUCGCAUCAAGAAAAUAAUUAAAAUUAAUUUGCCUUUCCCAGUCCUUGCCCGCCAUUUUUGGGUGGCAAAACGCACGUGGAAAAUAGACGCCAACAAGCGAAGGAGUGAAUUUAGUGAGGUAGAAAACAAAACCAUUGUUUAUGAGUGAUACAUACUUGACUAAAUAACUAUUUUGCUUGUUGUUAUCUUUUAUUGUUACACGGUUUUCCACCCAAAAAAUGGCGGACACAUACUCUCUAUCCGCGCUACUUAGAAUACUUCAAGUAUAUUUUUACACAAAGCUUGAGUUACACAGUAAAACUUCAAAGAAAAGAAAAGAGUUAGCCCAGUUAGCCUAACUAGCUCAUCUAAACAGUCCCUUACGCACCGAAGAUGCGACCGUCAUAUUAUUAUUAUUAUUGGUCGAAAUGUAAAGUAACAUUUCUGAGUGAUUCAAGUAAAAACGAAACGUUAUGCACAACAUACGGAAAAUGACUUUUUUACUAUUUCAUAACCAACAUAAUGUCAACUAUUAAAAACGCUAAAUGCGCGACCAGGAUUCAUAAUAAAGUUUCUGACAUGUGCUCUGAUCGUAAAGUUUCUGAAACGUUCUCUGAUCGAGUUAAAAAAAGUCAUUUCCGUAUGUUGUGCAUAACGUUCCGUUUUUACUUGACGAACCAUGCACUUGCCUGUGAGCGUAAUGCUCGACUGGGGGUCUAAACUCCAGGUUGGUGCAAGUUGAUUGGACCGUCAAGAUGGCGUUUGGCUAUUUUCUCGGCAUUGUGUCAGACAAUAUAAUCUCAAACCUAGCCCACAUCCAAACCCCUGAAUCUCAUCUGAGUUUGUUAUGCUAACCAAACUCCCAAAGCUCGACCACCAAUCUGCGAUUUAAGCCCGUACAGACGGUCAGACGAACAAGUAUUCCUUGACAAGUUUCCUUUCUCGUGUGUACGGUCAACAAGCAGUGGCGGAAAUUCACUUUUUCCGGUCGGGUGGGGGCGAAGCCUUCUAAAUUUCCGACAACCCCCCCCCCCAUUUGCACUCGAAAAGGCUGUUUUUAGCCCUUUUAUAGGUCAAAAUUUUCGAAAAUUCGUUAUUUUCCACGAAGGUGGGCGGCUGCCCCCCCCCCCGCUCCACCAAGAUUUUCGCCACUGUCAACAAGUCUACCUUGACAUGUUUCAAUUGACAAGUUUCGCUGUAACAGAAUGUCGUUAAACAUUUAUCUCACAUUUUUUUGCCAAAACCAUGGAAGUAUUUCUUGUACACUUGUCAAGUUUUCCAUGGCGGCCGUACACAUGCACGAACAAAUUUUUUUUGACCAAAAGCUGGUAUGACUAGCUUUGGAACGAGGUUCGUUGGCAAAGAAAAAUUGUCAAUAUUUUGCCGUACACACGAGCAAAUAAAAAGGAAACCUGUCAGAGAAAAAUUGCCCGUCUGUGCAUGGUUUUAGACCCUAUGUAAUGUGUGUGUAAGCUCGUAUAUUUAGGAUUUUGUACGUAGGGCUAUAUGGUAUUAGGAUAUUACGAUUAUUAACCGAAUUAAUCGCAUACUUAAUCGAAAUGUAACAUUUGAGGAUUGAACACUUGAAUCGACUUUGUGUACAUGUAAUGCAUAGACGUACGUUCAUUAAAUAAUUACUCAUUCUAAUUAAUUAUAAAGGUAACAUGAUUAGUGAAAUAAAUCAAUUUUUGUAACGCAUCCUUUCAGCUGAAAAUAUGUUUACUAAUCUGGGGUAGAUGGAAUAAUUCAUGAGCAAAACCCAAAUAAAAUCUGUACCUUAUCGGGUUAUUGAUACAUGUCUCGAUGUUUAUGAAUGUUGACCUUGCCCAUAAGUAUGUCAAGAUAUGAUAGUUUGGAAGCCCGAGAAACUUCAAAUCCGCAAAAUAGAAGACCUUUGUUUAAACUGUACCUCACCGUGCACAAAUCCUUACUCACAACUUUACUAAAUAUUUAACGUGGUUGCAUGUUUCACCCCAGCUAUCCUUAUUGGACAAUUACGAC